AUGUUGGCGAAUUUCAACAACAACAACAACAACAACAACUCAUCAUCAUCAUCAUUCGUUCAAGCCUUUACUAGGCUUCAUACGAAACUAGAGAAUUAUUAUAGUUUAUCAAAGGGACAAGGGUUAGAAAUGAUCCCGUUUAUGGAUCGGCUGAACCCAUUGUUAGCUUCGGAUAAGAGGAUUUCAAGGCUUGAAUGUUUACAGAUGGUGAAUCGAGAUUUCCAUAAAGUACUAUCGGCGAAUGAUCAUGAUUUUUGGAUGUACAUGUUGAAUGAUGUUUCUUUGAAGAGAUGUAUUGAAAGUAUUUUCAGAUUGUUUCCGAGACCUUUUGAUAUUGGAUUUAAUUCUCUGAUACAUGAUACUACGUUAACACCAAAAAGUGAACAACGUGAAGAGGCUAAAAUCUAUAGACGUCUUUUUAUGAUUUAUUACAAAUUAUUUAUGAAUUUCUAUUUGAGUGCAAAAGCUAAUAGUAAUGAUGGACUUGCAUACUCAGCUCAGCCUGUUCAAUUAGAUCAAGUUGAUCCCGAGGAGUGGUUGGAUGUGGGAGAUGUCAUUUCUCAGAAAUCACUCUUCGACAUUCCCAAACUCUUUGACCUUUCUGCAUUAUAUGGUUACUCGAAUACGAUGCUCACGACCGAGUUACUCACGAAAAUAUUUCUCUCGCAACCCUCCUACAUGCAUGGGUUGAAUGAUCAUGUGUUAAAUACCAUAUGUAUUAAUUGGAGAGACCUUUUUGACAAUAUUUACAAGAUGCAACCUGUCAAUACUAGCACUGCCAAGUCACAAAACUCAUCCGCUGAUACCAGCCAAAUCAGAAAAAUUAUUUAUUAUCUUUACGAUGGAACUUUUUCAAUUAGAUCCUUAUUAGAUGUUUUCCCAUUAGCAUCCUAUGCAUUUAUGUUAGACAAUCGAGAAAAGAAGACGCCAAUAUCCUAUCAAUUUUCCUUCUUGAUACUCGAGUGUCAUGACAAGGUCAUUCCUCAAUUGCAGAGCAUGAUUGGAGAAGACGCAGAUUAUUCAUUCCUCUGCAAACAAAUCAAACUUAAUCUUCUUUCAAUUGCACACGUUCUUUUCAGAGAAUACUAUAUGAGAAAUAUUGAAGAUCUCGUUACUGGAGCAACUCACAGCAAUAGAUCAACUUCAAGUCAUAUGGACACUCUCCAUUCGAGAUACAUUGAAACUCUGUUGACUCGAGAACAAAUUCCCCAAUCUAAACUCGAACUUCUUUGCAAGUAUACACUGGAUAAUCAAAUGACACGACAAACAACUGCCAUUGUUUUGGAACUUCUCGAUACCCUUCAAUCCUAUCAAAAGUUUGUCACUCCAGAUCAACCUAAACUCAAUUUUCUCCUAUUCCAAUAUGAAAAAUUAUAUGGACUUACAAAAUGGAUUGAACAAGUCAUUGCUAAUGACUCCUCUCUUAUCAGUGUUUCCUCCGUUCAAAAUCUUGUCAAGAACAUUUGCAGCAAGCUUGUUGAGGCAGUGAAUGAAGCAACAUUGCAAGGUGGCGAAGAACAGCCAACCACUGAUGCUCAAAAGCAACUCAAAUCUCUCUUCCCAGACUAUGGCUUAGGAUUCCUCCAAUUGUGUUUGGAACAUUUCAAGAACGAUCUCUCUGUUAUCACAAACUCACUCAUGGACAACCAAUUACCAUUGCAAUUGAGACGUUUGGACACGAAAUUGACCUUGAGUGCCUUAAAAAGCUCACAUGUUCAAUCAACAGCACAACAAUUGGGUCUCAUUUCGUCUGGAAGCAGUGGCACCACAAUAACCACUCGACAUGAACCUCCAUCUCCAGUUGUUUCACCAUCCGUAUGGAUGGAUACUGAUUUCUUCUCAGGUGCAGCUGCGUCACAAAUGGUGCGAAUUGGCAAAAAGAAAGAUCAUGGCACGAGCUCGAGGACCAACUUUAAUGAUAUUGAUGAUUCAAUCAAGCAACGUAUUCUACUCGAGUAUGCCUACGACGAUGAGUAUGAUGAUAGCUAUGACAGUAUUGCACAAGUGACUGGCGAAGGAGAGCAUGAAGAUGAGAAUUUCAACAAAUUGAAAACCUCCUUCAAGCACCAACACGAACCCACAGAACAUGUUCAUCAUCACAAACACAAGAACUAUCACGAGACACUGAGUGAUGAUCAGCAUCACCAAGACUUCCCUCAAUUUAAUCCAAAUAGGGUUGCAGCAUCUGCAUCAGAAAGCAGCACAAGUGAUACUACUCAUCAGGCAGUCACUAUUACUGCCCACCAAAAGCCAAGAAAGCAAGAACAUGCUCAUCCCAAACAAAAGCACAAGUCCUCUCGAGAGGUGUCAUCCUCCAACAACAACAAUAGCACUCUGUUACAACACCAACAACCAACGACAUCAUCCGAGUCGAGCCCUCCAACCAAUCAGCAAGCACCUCCCUCAUCAAGAGGCGUUGGUUCAGCCAAUCUUCGGGGAGGCAAGAGUUCGAGAGGAUUCCAUCAUCAUCAAAAAGGUUCUUCAUCAAGGCCACCUUCUUCUCGAGGUAAGCCACCCCAAGAAAGCUCCUCCGGCAAUCAAGAAUCGACUCCUCCUGAAGCAAGCCAAAACGAUCAUCACCACAUGGCAGCAGUAUCAUCAUUGCCGUCCAAUAAUACAUUGGAAGAAAAUCAACAACAACCUUCCGAACGUUACAAGCAAUACAAACAAGAAAACAAAGCUCGCAUGGCCAAUCAUGACAGAAAAAAGAAAGGUGCAAAGAAGAGAAUGAAUUUGUAA